AUGCCCAAGAUACCGAAGAAAGCGCAGACAGAGGGAUCGACGACAUUCGAUCCGGAUACAUUCUUCGAAUCAUGGCGAAAGGAAGAGAUCACGCCUCCAUACGAUAAUGACUUCAGAAAGUUCGUCAUCAAGGCGUUCGGCCUCAGUCCUAGAGACACUUAUGCCUACCGAGCGACCGCUGAAGUGACACUGCUACAAGCGCAGACGUACAUGGAAUUCGGCGCACAGAACGGUCUGCAUGGCUGGUACAGAGACAGUGAAGGUCAACUUCGUGCUCAGAGAAAUGCUCCCAAUGCUACGGACAUCGCUGCGUACACCGACAUAUUCCGCCCGACGACGAACACUUCCAAAGCGCUGAUCGCGUUGGCAUCGAACGCGAAGAAAGAGACGAUACGGGCUGAUGUAGCCAAGCAUCUGCAGUCCCUCUAUGCGCCGCCGGACUCUUCGCUGAAGCUAGUGGUCAACAAGUCCAAAACACACGUGAAUCCAUCGUUUGAUGUAUGGGCUUGGUCAAACCAGAAUCUGGAGUGGGCAGGCCCUGAAGCGAGUACUGCCAACAUUAAGAUUAGCCACGCCAUUUUGCCGGUGCUGUAUCACCACUUCGGCUGCGUCACGCCAUCGUACGAGGCAUUGUCCUAUAUUCAGCAGAUCGCUCGUGGGCGCACGAUUCUGGACAUUGGCAGCGGGAAUGGGUACUGGGCGUAUAUGCUCCGUCGCUUCGAGAGCAACGCUAAGAAAGCGCUGAAAGUCACCGCUGUCGACAACGGCCUAAGUGAAUGGAGGACAAUGUGGAUUGGUGACACCAUAGAAGCCGACGGCUAUUCAUGGCUUCAGCAGAACCAGGGCGGCAAGGAUGGCGUCCUUCUGCUCGUCUAUCCCAUGGUUGGGGAGGACUUCACCUCAAAGAUGAUCAAGGCCUACAAGGGCACGACUAUCAUAGCAGCGGGCUCGCAAAACGGCAAUGGCUACACUGCUUUUGCCAAAGAAACCAUCGAUGCCUGGGUGGCACGAGAAAUGCCUUCAUGGAGCAAAACGCUACAAAUCCCUCUUCCUUCGUUCGCAGCCAAGGAUGAGGCUCUAUUCGUUUUCGAGAAGAUAGAGGCCAACGGGCAAGGCGGAAACGGGGCUUGAUCAAAGCAACACAAUACAAGAAGGCGCCUCGAAUAGCAUCGCAGCGCAAACGAGUCAGCGUGGCUACGAGAAAGCACUUGUUGAGGAUGCGAUGGUGGUGUCGGAGGCACGUGCUCAUAUGCAUGUUGCUCGGUUUGGCUGGGCCUUAUUCCCCAGUAUUCCCAUCGCGCUCCCGUAGAAGCUAGAAGUAACCAGUUAGAAUAUGUGCAUCUGCCGUGGAAGUGGCUCGACGGCAAAGCUCG